AUGUCUCGGAUCCGUACCAGAAAUGAAGAUCCCACAGUAAUGAAAGAGUUUAUUUUUGAUACACCGGAUGGCAGGGAACUCGCUCGAAGAAUUUUGAAACCGCUACUGCCCUUCGAGCCUCAUGAUUAUAUCGUGGAUGGAGUUUGUAGAUCAUUGGAUGGCCAGGAUUUGAUGGCCCUCAUACCAACGGGUGGAGGCAAAACAGGAUACAUAUUUAUGUACAUGCUAAUCAUGUCCGCCCUUGCCAAUAAUCCAGCUUUGUGCCAGCCUAAGAAAAUUGUACCAAAAGACCCAGCUAUGGUGGCCGUUUUUCCAACCAACGGCCUAGAGGAGGAGAUGGAACUUGAAUUCAAAAAAUAUGCCAUAGCCAUCAACUCACAUACCUUACGAGAAGCGCGAAAGCAAGGCAAGGACCUGUGGAAGAUUGUCAGCGAGCAGGUGUCACUGAUACUACUGUCGCCCGAACAACUCAGCUCAAAGCCAUUUGAGCGGCUACUCUAUCAUCCUAUGUUCCGGACACGAGUAUGUGCACUGGCCAUAGACGAGAUUCAUCUCCUGGACACCUGGGGAAAUGAUUUUCGUCAGGUCUUCCAACAAAUUGGAUAUAUGGCCUCACAUUUUCCAUCCCGGGUUGUCAUGAUUGCCCUGACAGCAACACUGCCCACUGGCCCACCAAUGCAGCAGGUCUGCAAUUUUCUAGGGCUCAAACCAGGCUGGUUUCAUUUAGUACAUAGAUCAAAUAUCCGUCCCGAUUUGCGGAUUGUGAUUCGAGAACUCACCCAUGGGAUAGGGAACCACUCAUUCCCAGACCUUCUCUGGAUCCUUGACAGCCGCCGCAAAACAAUGAUCUUCUGUGAAACAAUCAACAUUAGUUUCCGUGUGCACACAUACCUGUGGAAUAAUGCAUCCUUGGCAGCCAAUUGUGACCGGAAAAUCCGUAUCCGCAUGUAUAACUUGCUCAACUCACCGCUGUACAAUGCUGAGACCCGGCGUCUCUUUCACGAGGAUCCAAGGGCCCAAAUUAUCACUGCCACUGACUCCAUCUGUGUUGGUUUUGAUCCCCCUGAUGUAGCUGACAUUGUGGUCCUGGGAGCGGGAGCUCAGACACCUGCGACUAUCCUGCAAAAGCAAGGCAGAGCUGGACGUCAGAAAAACAGAGUGAAAGACCUGCAAGGGAUCUUGUAUGUUACCCGAUCAGAAAUGGUAGCCGCCAACUUGGCCAACAGUGGAGACAGUGCGGCUACCAUCAAGAACCAACUUAACGUCCACACAGCCAAGUUCAUUAUGGCUCCCUGCAAAGUUAUUGAGCAAGACAACCUUUUCAGUAAUCCUUCCUCCGACGUACCAUGUCUCUGUUCUACAUGCAAGAAGACACCACAGAUCACCAAGACUUCCCAGUGCAACUGCUCAGGGUGUUCCCCCGACACACCUCCUCUUCUACCUGCUGUGAUCAAGAAACUAGUCACACGAUCAGAUCGACUUACCACAAACAUGUGUCAGCAAUACUCUGAUUGGCUCAUUGGGACACGCAACAAGGUCUGGAAGGCUGUUGACCUCGACACCACCGACAUCUUCCCACCGGCCUCGUUUCUCCCUGAUCGAACCAUCAAGGAGGUUCUCGACCACCUCCACGAGCUCCAAUCAGCCGCUGACCUUCUAGUCUUGGCUGGAACCAACAACCUCCUUGUGCCUCAUAUCAAUCUUCUGUGGCAAUCUGUUGCUGACAUUAAGAGACAGAUAAGUCAAUUGCGCGCUCAAAAAACAAGGCAAAAAUGUAACGAUAAUGGCGAUGAACUGGCAGGAGAGUCUGAUGAGAGUAUGGCUGCAUGUAUGGGUGUCAUCAGGGCUGGGUUAGCAGAGAGUUGCAGCACCCCCGGCUACCAACUUGAACAGGAGAGUGCUGUCUGUAGGCCAGAAAGCUCCACAAAUAUAUCCCUUGAGUGGCAAACACCACUAUUGGCCUCAAACUUCAAGUCAGUACAAUCACAUGCUAUGAAACCAUGGUGGUAA